ACAUAUAUAACUGAAAGUUUAUUCGUAUACGAGUGUUGAGUGCGUCGCGUGCAGUUACUUUUGGUAGCUGCUGUAGUCGUGCAAUAAAACCGCCAAAAUUCUCACCGCCAACCACAACUACAACAACAGUAAUAACAACAACAACAGCAGCAACGAUAUGAAUUCGUACUUUGAACAGGCCUCCGGCUUCUAUGGCCAUCCGCAUCAGGCCUCGGGCAUGACAAUGGGCACAAGCGGCCAUCACGAUCAGACGACGGCCAGCGCCGCAGCGGCCGCCUACAGAGGCUUCCCGCUGUCGCUGGGCAUGUCCCCGUACGCCAAUCAUCAUCUGCAACGCACCACACAGGAUUCGCCGUACGAUGCGAGCCUCACCGCUGCCUGCAACAAGAUCUACGGCGAGGCUGGCAGCGCCUACAAACAGGACUGUCUCAAUAUCAAGGCCGAUGCCGUCAAUGGCUACAAGGACAUCUGGAACACGGGCGGCACCAAUGGCGGCGGCGGUGGCGGAGGCGGUGGCAACACCGGCAGCGCUGGCAACACCUCAAAUGGCUCCAAUGCACCCAACACGGCCAAUGGACAGAAUAACCCCGGCGGCGGUGGUGGCAUGCCCGUUCGCCCAUCCGCCUGCACGCCCGACUCCCGCGUCGGCGGCUACUUGGACACAUCGGGCGGCAGUCCGGUCAGUCAUCGUGGUGGCGGCAGCGCUGGGGGCGGUGGCAAUGGAGCCGGCGGUGGCGGUGUGGCACAGAAUUCGGCCAGCGGCGUGGGCGGCGGCGGCGGUGUGGGCGCGGCCACAGCCUGGAAUGCCAAUUGUACCAUCUCGGGCGCUGCAGCGGCACAAACAGCGGCCGCCAGCAGUUUACACCAGCCCGGCAAUCACACCUUCUACCCCUGGAUGGCAAUCGCAGGUGAGUCCACAGCAGAUCCAAUCAAAAGUAAGAUAAGAUCUGAUUUAACACAAUACGGCGGCAUAUCAACAGACAUGGGUAAGAGAUACACAGAAUCUCUUGCGGGCUCUCUUCUACCAGACUGGCUAGGCACAAAUGGUCUGAGGAGACGUGGCAGACAGACAUACACCCGCUACCAGACACUGGAGCUGGAGAAGGAGUUCCACACGAAUCAUUAUUUGACCCGCAGACGGAGAAUCGAGAUGGCGCAUGCGCUGUGUUUGACAGAGCGACAGAUCAAGAUCUGGUUCCAGAAUCGUCGAAUGAAAUUGAAAAAGGAAAUCCAGGCGAUCAAGGAGCUCAACGAGCAGGAGAAACAGGCGCAGGCGCAAAAAGCGGCGGCGGCAGCUGCGGCGGCGGCGGCGGUGCAAGGCGGCCAUUUAGAUCAGAAUUAGAAUGAAUUAAAUGAAAAACAAAACAAACAAUAUAUUGUAACAAAAAAACAUUUACUUAACUUAAUUGCAUACGAGUAAUAAUUAAAAAAUACGGUAUGAAUAUUGUACGUGUAUAAUAUACGAGUAUACCAGCAAAAAAUGAUAAUUUAAAUUUAAAAACAAAAAAUGUGUGUGUGUGUUUGAAAAAGCAACCGAAAAUACGUAAAUGCGAACAGCAACAAAAACUUACAAAUAAAUUUAUUAGACCUAAGUAAGUGACAGAUUAAAAAAAGUAGUGAACAGCAAAAAAAAAAAACAAAAACAAAAACAGAUCUACUUACCUAUAUAGA